AAGAGCUAGGUCCUUGGAAUUGCAAUAGUAGUAAUUUGACGUUUCGAUGGUAGGUCGGGGGAAACAAUUAGAGUUUUGCAUCACGUUUUCUGGAACGUAUCCGUUUUCGUAACGUAUCGAUCGAAAGACAACCAUCCUUUAAAUGUACGAAUACCCUGGGACUAAGGGAAAACAGUGGAUACUAACUUUUAAACAGCACAAAACAGAACGUCCGAAACGCACAAGGUGAUAACAAACAAAAAAUCACAAGCGACAGAAACAAAAACGCAUAAGGAAUAACAAACAAAAAUGCAAAAUGGGACAACUGCAACAAUAAGAACACAUCAGCAAUAAAAGGGACAAAAGACUGAUUCUAUAGAGCGCAGGUGACAUCAUAAUGACGAUGACAAUGUCGCGUCCACGUUUACGUCAUGCUCCUGAACUUCAAGAACAAAAUGGGACUGUAUAUAAGGAGGAAUCUGCGGUAAUACAUAUUAAAAGGAGAAGUGCUCCAAAUAUCAGGUACAACGGUGUGCCAGUCUUGGAGGAAAACUCGACAGUAUCGUGCGACCGUUGCAUAUCCAGAUCGUCCUCCGUUCCAAAUCAGAAAAAUCAAAAUGGAGAUAGACUAUUAAAGCAUAGACCAAAAACUAGAAAUAAUAGUUUAAGUUCUUCAAAAUUAUUAUCCUCAAGUCCAAAUUCUGGAACUUCAAGUUAUAAGUUACCCACAAAGGAAGGAUUUGACCUAAGUGCCUACAGUAACAGGUAUAAACGAUACAUAAAGGCGGAGGACAUCAAAGUAACCGGAAGUGACGUCAGGACUCUUCAUAAAAGUAAAAGUGCUGAUUCACGGUUGAUAGGUUCAGCGAUAGAACUACCACCUAGUGGCAAACAAAAAACCAAAAUCAAUCAAAGUACUAUAAACUUGGCAAAGGCUUUAAAAAGAAAUGACGAUGCGCAACUACUAGCGCAUGGUUUAGACGCGCUUAAUCUCCAAACGUCUGAAGAUACGUGGAAGAAAGAAAUCGAGGAUAAAUGUUUCAAAUGGAUGGAAGACCUUCCAGAAAGGUUCUCUGCAAUGGACAGUCUGUUACCAUCGCUCCCUUCAGAAUCUAAAAAUACAAAUGACACAUAGUUUAAUAUAAAAGAUACAAUGUAUAGUGAAUGAUCAAAUAAAAAUAAUCUAGUCAAAGCCUUAUCUAAAAUAAAAUAAA